CCAGUGGCUGUAUAGCUGAAUCAUGCCAUAGUAUAUGACCAGCCAUACCAGCACUACACCCCGCAACCAUCAAAAGCAGCUUAGAAGGCCGGAAGACCAACGGCCCUAAGAAAGGAAUACCAUAGAACCACAGAAAUGUUUUCUAUCCCCUCUUACAAGUACACCAAUCCUAUGCGAUACAUAACACCAUGUCUCGAAGUCAUGCUCAUCUUCAUACUCGCUACUCCGGCAAACACCCAACAAACAAUCCAGACAACAAUCAUGGUCACAGCAACACCAACAUCACCACAUCCGCCCUCCUACACAUCCCCUGAGGUAUUCAGAGACACAGUCCUCUCGUCGAGCAAUACCUACCGCAAAGAGCAUAACGCAAGCGAUCUCGUUUGGAACGAGACCUUGACUCUGUAUGCAAAAGAUUGGGCCGAGGGGUGUAAAUGGAAACAUUCUCACGGUCCAUACGGCGAGAACCUCGCCUUCGGAUACCAGGAUGCCUCAGCUGCGGUCUUUGCGUGGGGCGACGAACGUCGCUUGUACGAUUUUAAGAAACCGACCGGGUUCAGCGAGGAGACAGGGCAUUUUACGCAGUUGGUUUGGAGGGCUACGACGGAUGUUGGAUGCGCGGCGAUCGACUGCGGGUACGGCAACGGCACUGAUGAUAACGAGAAGAGCGGGGAUACGGGUUCCUCCUAUACCAGGGCUCAGGGCUGGUAUGUUGUUUGUGAGUAUUCGCCGCCUGGGAAUGUGAUGGGGACUAGUAGGACUGCUGGCGGUGAGAACGGGCUCUUUAAGGUGAAUGUGCAGUCGGCGAGUACGUAUUCUGGACCGUAUCCGACGGACUCUGGAAGCCCUCCUGCUAGUACGAGUGGGCCUUGCAUAUGCCGGCUUAAGGUGGUCAUCUCUCAUGCUACCAAUGUUGCGCUCAUGACACUCUCCGGUCGGGAGAUACGCAAUACACAUCUAUUCACUUUUGAAGUUCCAAACGUCCUUGGGCUGGAACAAAGCCAAACGUAUCACAGAAACAAGCUCACAGGAGGCGAAGCGGGCGGCGCUUCGAAGAAGAGGGUGAGGAUAUCGACAGGCAAGAUGUAG